CGACAUCUAACAAGACUCACUACUAAAGACUACGACCACAUCGCAUUACCUAUUUAUUUAUCUUCAUUCUUCUCCACCUUUCAAACCCAAUCUCACUCCUUUGGCUUUCACUUCUCCCUCUCCCCUCUACUCUACUCAUACCCCAAUCGCCAUGGCUGAAGAUUCUAAAGCAACUGCAUACCAAGAAGCCAUGGAUGCCUUGUCUUCUUUGAUUACGAAACGCAGUCGUGCAGAUAAGAGCAAUAACGGCGAUAGAUUCGAACUGAUAUUUGAUUAUAUAAAGAUGCUAGACUUGGAGGAGUCUAUAUCCAAAAUGAAGGUUAUUCAUGUGGCUGGUACAAAGGGAAAGGGCUCCACAUGCACCUUCACAGAAUCUAUAUUACGUAAUUGUGGAUUUCACACUGGACUUUUCACUUCUCCUCAUCUCAUUGAUGUCAGAGAAAGGUUUCGUUUAAACGGGGUGGAAAUAUGUGAAGAAAAAUAUAUUUCAUAUUUCUGGUGGUGCUUUGACAGAUUAAAGGAAAAGACUAAUGAGGAUAUACCAAUGCCUUCUUAUUUUCGCUUUCUUGCAUUGCUAGCCUUCAAGAUAUUUUCAGCAGAACAGGUAGAUGUUGCUAUUUUGGAGGUUGGGCUAGGAGGAAAAUAUGAUGCAACAAAUGCAGUUGAGGCACCCGUUGUAUGUGGUAUAUCUUCCCUUGGGUAUGACCACAUGGAAAUUCUUGGUAAUACCCUUGGAGAAAUUGCUGGGGAGAAGGCUGGUAUCUUCAAGCAUGGUGUUCCUGCUUUUACUGUGCCUCAACCUGAUGAAGCAAUGAAUGUACUCAAGGAGAAAGCUUCCCAGCUGGAUGUACCGCUUCAAGUGAUUCCACCAUUAAAUGCCAAUUUGCUCAAUGGUUUAAAACUUGGACUUGAAGGUGAGCACCAAUAUGUUAAUGCAGGUCUUGCGGUAGCACUGUGCUCUUCUUGGCUUCAGAGGACAGGUCGUCCUGAAGCUGCACACCUGGAACAAACCGAUUCUUUGCCAGAGCAGUUCAUAAAAGGAUUAACAACAGCCAGUUUGCAAGGGCGAGCUCAGAUUGUCCCUGAUCGAUGUUUUGAUGCUGACAACUAUGGAGAUCUGGUUUUCUAUUUGGAUGGAGCCCAUAGCCCAGAAAGCUUAGAAGUAUGUGGUAAAUGGUUUUCUCAACAAGUCUUGAGUUAUCAACCACAAGAUAAGUCAUCACACGAGUUUGUAAGCAAGCACCUGAAUGAGAGAGUCAGGAAGCAAACCACACAGAUACUGCUGUUUAAUUGCAUGUCCGUGCGGGAUCCUCAAGUGCUUCUUCCUCGCCUGAUGGAGUCAUGUGCCAAUCAUGGUGUUCGGUUCAAGAAGGCGCUCUUUGUACCUAAUACAUCGGUCUAUUUCAAGGUCGGACCUCAUUCUGUGCCACCGACUGAAGUUGAUUUCUCAUGGCAGUUCGCUCUUCAAAAGAUAUGGGAGAACAUCAUGCACUCAAAUAAAGGAGGUGAUGACAAGACGACAGAUGUUUUCAGUGAAGACUUAAAGGAUGACUCGGAAAUGUGCGUUCGAAGUGGUGAAACUAGUGCAGUAUUUUCGUCACUCCCAUUAGCUAUCAAAUGGCUCCGGGACACUGUCCAACAGAAUCGAUCUAUUCGGUUCCAGGUCCUUGUAACUGGCUCUUUACACCUUGUGGGUGAUGCAUUGAAAUUGAUCAAGAAAUAAGGCAUUUAAGCAGGAAGAGGAUUGGUUGGUCUCCCUAGCCCUGCUCUGCCCCGCCCCACAGUAGGUGCUUCUAACCUUAACUAGGCUGGAGAAUAGUAUCACCCCUAUCAAUUCACUUUGGUUCAGCUCAGGUGCCUCUUUGGUCAAAUUAUGUUUUUGAGUUGAAUGAGAGUAACAUAUUCCUUCUUUUUUUCUUCCUUGGAAGACCUCAUGCUUAUUUGUGUUGCUUCAUUACCUUGGUAAAUCUAUUGACAGGAAUAUCCCACAUUUUAUUAAUUUAUUGAACAAUUUAGAGAAAUUAUUUUAGCUCUUAUCAACUAUGUACUUGAGAUUUAAAAUUUGUUGCAAAUUUAUAAUUCUUUCGUCAAAA